UGGGGCAGGACCACACCGAAGCCAUUUUAUUAUUAUAAAAGCAAAGGUGCAGGUGCAUCUGUAUUUAUUUUUAUUAUUUACACCUUUAGUUUAAGAGCUCACGAGACCAUGGGGCAGUGUGGAAUAACGUCAUCCAAAACCGUCUUGGUUUUUCUCAAUCUCAUAUUUUGGGCUGCAGCUGGAAUAUUAUGCUACAUUGGAGCGUAUGUGUUCAUCACAUAUGACGACUACGACCACUUCUUUGAAGAUGUGUACACUCUUAUCCCUGCUGUCAUAAUCAUAGCUGUCGGGACUCUCCUCUUUAUCAUCGGCUUGAUCGGCUGCUGUGCAACAAUACGUGAAAGCUCCUGUGGACUGGCAACUUUUGCUGCCAUUCUCCUGCUGGUGUUUGUAACAGAGUGUGUGGUAGUGGUGCUGGGCUACACAUACAGAGCAAAGGUGGAAGAUGAAGUAAAUCACUCCAUCCAGAAGGUUUACAAUGAAUACAACGGCACCAACACUGAUGCUCCCAGCCGUGCUAUUGACUAUGUGCAGAGGCAGCUUCAUUGCUGUGGAAUUCACAACUACUCUGACUGGAGGAACACACGCUGGUUUAAAGAAUCCAAGAACAACAGUGUCCCAGUCAGCUGCUGUCAGCCCAGCAUCAGCAACUGUACCGGCACACUCACUCGACCAGGAGAUCUCUACCAAGAGGGUUGUGAAGCUCUUGUGGUGAAGAAAUUAAAGGAGAUCAUGAUGUAUGUCAUAUGGGCUGCACUGACUUUUGCCUCCAUACAGAUGCUGGGGAUGCUCUGUGCCUGCGUCGUCCUCUGCAGGAGGAGUCACGACCCAGCGUACGAGCUGCUGGUCACAACCAACAGCUAUGCAUGAAGGAUGCACUAGAGCACUUAGAAAAAUCAAAAGGAGCGUCACCGGACAUGUCCACAGUAGAUUUCAGCUGUAGUUAUAUAAGCUCAAGCACACCUUGCACAAUUCAUUAUAAAGUAGCGAACACUGGUGACAUGGGUUGGGUGGGAGGGGCUUCAAAGGGAAAACAUUUAUUUAUGACAUGCUUUGUGAGUUACUGUUACUUUGAUUGUUCUUUUUCUUAAAAUAAUGGAAUAUUUAUUGAAGCCAAAGCUGUAAAUGGCUUAUUAAUGCUAUCCAUGUUAAAACAGAUUUUUUUAAAUUUUGUGUUUAAUUGUGGCUUCAUAACUUUAUUUCUUCAGUGAGGAUGAUGAGAAGUAGGAGCAAAUGUUUAAAGUAUGAAGUAUGGGAGUUUUGUAUGGAAAUGUUUCCUGAUGUGCUAAUUUGCACUGCAGCUGGAGCUCUGAAAAUGUUUCAUGGUUGCUUAAAGGAGAAAUCUGUGUUAUGAAGAACAUGAACACUAAAUCCUAAGAACCUGGUUUGAUCCGACUUUGUAAAAAUGGAGAAACCUUUUACCACAGGAUGAUAAGAUUCAGUGUUCAUAUGUCAGAUAUUUGUUCGUGGAGCAGCUGUAUUUUUGGUCGAAGGAAUCCUUCAUUUUUACAAAUAUUCAGGUUGUGAAUAAUGUAUAUUCUGUCUUGGUGUGUAUGUUCUCUAAAACAGGCUUUAAUAGAGAGGCAAUGUCAGUGCAUCAAUUGUGAAUGAUCCGUUAGUUUCCAGUGUUAAAACCAGGAGUAUUAUCAGUGUUACAUGAAGAAAAGUGUGUGUAGAUAAAGUUACAGCCAGAUAAUUUCUCCUGUUUAGUUACAAACCUGCUGUAGAGAACCAUGACCUGUUCUUUUAUACGUUUUCUGUGAAAUUGUGUACUGUUUUAAUAUUUUUAAGCUAUUAAGUUAACCUUAGAUCAUUAGCUAGAGGCACAGAAAAAAGUUGCAAACAAAAUGUGAAUAAAGUUGGGAACAGGAAGGAGACAAUAAACUCAUUAAGUUGA